AUGUCCGAUUCCGAAGGCAGUCGAUCACCGCUGCUGUCCUCGAGCUCGAUAGCCUCCAAGACCAGCUACAACUCCAUCGCCCGAGAAGCCGCUCCACGACACUCCGCUCCCGACGGAGAUGUCGUCCACCGACCCCACGACGUCGACGACGACGUCGUCCCGGAGACCAGCGCCAUCGGCCGCACCAUCACAUGGCCGAGCGCGUACAUCCUCACCAUCUCCCGCGUGCUGGGCAGCGGCAUCUUCGCCACGCCAGGCGUGAUCCUCGCGUCGGUGGGAUCGCCCGGCCUGGCGCUGACGCUGUGGGCGGUCGGCGCGGUCGUGGCGUAUUUCGGGCUGGCGGUGUCGUUGGAAUACGGCAGCAUGCUGCCUCGAUCGGGCGGCGAGAAGGUCUAUCUCGAAUACACCUACCGGAGGCCGAGAUACCUCAUCAGCGUCCUGAUCGCCUUUCAGGCCAUCCUUUUGGGCUUCACCGCGAGUAAUUGUAUUGUGUUUGCGAGGUAUUUGCUCUUCGGGCUGGGGUUUCGGGACGAUUCCUUCACGCAUAAAUCGAUCGCGGUUGCAUUGCUUACGGCCAUCACGCUGGUUCAUGUCUGUUUCAUGAAGACGGGGAUUUUCAUUCAGAACGUUCUCGGAUGGAUCAAGAUUGGUUUGAUCGUGUUCAUGAUCUCGGUGGCGCCCGUCGCCGUCUUCUGGCAUACUUCAAGGGAGGACUACACUCCGAGCCAUGUCAUGCCGACUAACCACAGCGAAUUGAACUGGACCUGGGAGGGGCUUUGGGUCGGUACCAUCUGGUCCUGGGGCACCAUCGCGACGUCCUUCCUCAAGGUCUACUACUCCUACGUCGGCCUCAACAACCUCAACAACGUCCUCAACGAGGUCAAAGACCCCAUCCGCACCCUCAAGUCCGUGACGCGAGCGGCCCUCCUCACCGUCACCGCCAUGUACCUCUUCGCCAACGUCGCCUUCCUGACCGUCGUGCCCCUCGACGAGGUCAAGACCAGCGGCGAACUCAUCGCGGCCCUCUUCUUCCAGCGGGUCUUCGGCGCCACCGUCGGCCGACGCAUCCUGCCCAUCAUGGUCGCCCUGAGCGCCGCCGGAAACGUCAUGGUCGUCACCUUCGCCCUCGCCCGCGUCAACCAGGAAAUCGGCCGCACCGGCCUCCUGCCUUUCUCCCGGAUCCUCUCGUCCACCGCGCCGUUCGGCUCACCUCUCGGCGGGCUGGUUUUGCACUACAUCCCAUCAUUGCUGGUUAUCACCAUUCCGAGCGGCGAUGUCUACUCGUUCAUCCUCGAGGUGGAGGGCUACCCCGCACAGAUCUACUCCCUCGCCAUCGCCGCUGGAUUGCUGUGGCUGCGGUAUAAGAGGCCGGACGUGGAGCGGCCGUAUAAGGCAUGGAUCCCGGGCAUCGUCCUCCGCAUCGUCCUGGCCAUCGCGCUACUCCUCGCUCCGUUCUUCCCCAGCUCUGCUCAGAAGGCGGGAGACUUCCUCAACGGUGCUUCUUAUGCCCUCGUCGGCACUGGCAUCAUGCUUUCGGGCGUCAUUUAUUGGUAUGUAUGGUCGAUUGUCCUGCCGAAAUGGUAUGGGUAUAGAUUGGAGAAUCGCACGGAGGUGUUGAAGGACGGGACCAGUGUUACCAAGAUCGUCCAUGUGCCUGCUACUUGA